AUGGCUGAAAUCAUUGUUAGUGCUGUUGUGACUCUGCUCAUUGAGAAGCUCACAGCUGAGUUGAUGAACCUUGCACGAUCUGAAGGACUCGAAACUCAGCUAAAGAAACUCAAGCAAAACUUUCUCCUGAUUGAAGCCGUGCUUGCUGAUUCAGCCCAGAAACAGAACCAGAAACCUGUUGCAUUGUGGCUGAUCGAGCUCCAGGAUCUGGCUUAUGACAUAGACGAUGUGCUUGACGAUAUGGCUACCGAAGUUCUGAGGCGAAAGUUGAAUCAUCAAGUGUCACAUGAUAGCACCCGCGCUAGUUGUAGUAAGUUAUCGAAAUUUGUCCCAACUUGUUGUACUAAUAAUUUCAGUCCUCGUAACUUCAUGUAUGGACGUAAGAUUAGAUCUAAGUUAGAUGAGGUUAACACUAGAUUGGAUGAGCUUGUUGAGCAGAAAAAUAAGCUAGGUUUGGAUUUGAAUGUGAAACUUGAAAGAUCGAAUAAGAAUAAAUCAGAUGUACGAUUCCAUCAAACUUCAUCUGUUAAUGAGUCCAAAGUUUUGGGUCGGGAAAACGAUAAAGAGGCAUUGAUUGGGCGGUUGCUGGGGAACGAAGAAGCGAGCAGUAAUCAAAAGGUGAUCAGCGUUGUGUCGGUUGUUGGUAUGGGUGGCCUUGGAAAAACAACUCUCGCCCAACUUUUGUACAACGAUAAGAGAGUGAAGGAUCACUUUGAACUCAUGGCAUGGGUUUGUGUUUCCGAUGACUUUGAUAUGUUCAAUAUCAGUAAGCAAAUUUAUCAAGCUAUAGGAGGGGAACACAAAGACUUUGCUAAUCUGGAUCUGCUAUCUGUUGCCCUUAAAGAAAAACUUGCAGGGAAAAGGUUCCUUGUUGUUUUAGACGAUGUUUGGAAUGAAGAUGACAAGAAAUGGGAUCUUCUUAGAAGUGCUUUUGAUGUGGGGGCACAUGAGAGUAAAUUUCUGGUGACCACGCGGAACAAGGAGGUUGCAUCAGUGAUGGACUGUUUUCAACCUUAUAUACUAGAGAUUUUAUCAGAUGAUAUAGCUCUAUCUUUAUUUGCUAAAUCUGCACUUGAUGAGCAAAACUUUGACAAACACCCAUCACUUAAAUCCGUUGCUCAAGCAAUCGUUAAGAAGUGUGAUGGGUUGCCCUUGGCUUUGGUAACUCUUGGGAAGGUCUUGAAACGAAAAGAAAGUGAUGAUGAAUGGGAGGCAUUGCUGAAUAGCGAAAUUUGGAACCUAGAUGAUGAAAGUGGCAUUCUUCCGGCUCUCAAGUUAAGCUACUAUGACCUCCCUUCGCAUCUAAAGCAAGUGUUUGCAUAUUGCUUCUUAUUUCCAAAGGACUAUGAGUUUGAAAGGAAGAAACUAGUCCUAUUGUGGAUGGCACAAGGGUUUGUGUCCCAAACAAAGGGCAAAAAUCAACCAAUUGAGAGUUUGGGUGACAAGUAUUUCGAAGAGUUACUCUCAAGGUCCUUUUUUCAGCCUUUUAGGAAAGAUGGAUCACGGUAUAUAAUGCACGACUUGAUGAAUGACUUGGCCACAAGUGUUGCAGUAGAGUUUUUCUUUAGGUUGGAUGAGAAUAUGGAGUUAAACGAUAGGAAUAAAGCUUAUGAAAAGUUUCGUCACUUUUCAUUCAUAGGUCAACAACGAGUUACAGAGCAUAAAAUGUUCAAGGAAUUACACAAAGCAAGAUGCUUGCGAACGUUCUUACCAUUGUCAGUUGGUCGGUGGAAAUUUAUAACAUUGGACAAUGUUACUUUAGAUUUACUCUCCCACUUAAACUUCCUAAGGGUGUUAAGCUUAACGAAUGAGUCAAUCACAGAGGUACCACGUUCCAUUGGUAAUUUGAAGCAUCUAAGGUACCUCAAUUUUUCAAAUACCGACAUCCAAGGAAUACCCGAACAAGUGAGCGAAUUAUAUAAUCUACAAUGCUUGUUGGUUGGUGACUGUUAUAAGUUAUCUAGCUUGCCAGUGAGUUUUGUAAAGCUAAUAAACUUGCGACAUCUUGACAUGACUUAUACUCCGUUAUUGAACAAGUUGCCUUUGGGGAUCGGUGGAUUGACGAGUCUACAAACAUUAUCCAAGGUUAUCAUAGAAGAAGGUAACGGUUUUAAAAUAUCUGAGCUUAAGGGCCUGUCAGAUCUCCAAGGCGAGCUUUCCAUCGAGUGCUUGGAGAAAGUGAUACAACCAACAGAUGCAAACGAUGCAAAGUUACAACAAAAAACAGGUCUUUAUGAACUGAAUAUGAGAUGGAGUGAUGUUUUCGAUGGUUUUCGGGAUCCAGCUAUUGAAUAUGAGGUACUUGAAAGGCUAAGGGCUCCCUCGAAGCUGAAAACACUGCGCAUUUUAUUCUACGGUGAAUUACCAACGCUUGGGCAUCUAAGUUCACUUCGGAAGUUGUAUUUGAGUCGUAUGAAAGCGGUGCAGACUGUGGGUAUUGAGUUACUAGCACAUACUAAACCUUUUCAUGGCGAUGCAUUUCCGUCACUUGAAUCCUUGGAAGUUGAGGAUAUGCAAUGUCUGGAGAAAUGGUCGACCAGUGGUGGUGACGGUGUCGAGACUCCUCGAUCAUUUCUUAGACUUCGUGGAAUUUCAAUUAUAAGGUGUCCGAAACUUGAUAAGGUAUCAUUUGGAUUGGUACCAUCACUUGAGAAAUUAACUGUAGAAGGAUGUCCUGAAGCAGUGUUGAGAGACUUGGUUGGUGGGUCUUCAUCAAUCCGUACAUUGAAGUUGGGCUGA